CUCCAUGAUUGCCUCAGUGACUGCACGCACCCGAGCCACCAAGAACAGAGCUACCUACACUUCCCAGUAGCUUAGCUACUUUUGCGAAGAAGAAAAGGAAUAUUUGGCCCUCAGCUUAAGCUUUGGACACUCCUCUCCCCGUAGCGAACAACUCAUAUCAAGAAUACACAAGGCGAGCCACCCCACACUCUGGGGAAACGACACGAAGAGAGACCAGAGGCCAUCAAGAUGCCACCCAGAUCAGGACAUCAGCGGGCGAAGAAUAUUGCCUAUGAAGAGGAUGAUGUGUACAGCGAUAACGAAUACUACGAAGAGGACGGUGACGGAAUGACGGACGAAGAUCGAGAGCAAUUACGGCAAGGCACCAUAAUGGUCAAGGAAGCGUUGGGCUCGUCUGUAUCAGUAUCAGAUUCUCAGAUACAGGAAGCGCUGUGGCACUACUACUUUGACGUGGGAAAAUCGGUCACAUAUCUGAAGAACAAACAUGGCCCCGCUAAGACAAUUCCUGCCUCCAAACCCAAAGCCCCGUCACGUUUCGAUCAAGCUGCCAGUUCCGCAGCAUUGCUGCAAACAAAAGGCCAAGGUGAGCCUCCUAUAUCCCCCAACCGUGAACCAGAUAUAGCAUGCAUCGCACCGUCGCCUCGCUGCAUUUCCAACUCCAAUGUCCGUUCGGCCGACAAAUCCGCUACCAUGACAACCGCAUCUAAAGGCUGCGUAGAAACUCCCGACUCGGUCUUUCCUUUUCCUGCGCCUUUGGACCAUCUUUCCAUUCUUCCGCGCGACUUCUUCUGGGAUACACCGUGGGGAAACGUGGAGUCGUGUCGUUUGGGAGUCAUCAGGGAGAUACCGGUUCUUCCACGAGGGCGGCUACUAGGUGGUUCGUCUAGGCCGUCCAAGUUGGCCGCUCUUGCUGCUGCCCGGAAGAAGAAGCAGGAAGAAGCAAACCGUGAAACGGCUGUGCCCCAACCGAAUGCGUCAGCUUCCGAGGCUGACCAGGCCGUGGCACUUUUGGACAAACUCAACUUCAAGAACAAGGCUGGCAAUGGCUCCUCUACACCUACGCCGAGCGAGGAACGGGGCCGAAACGAGAGGCUUGGCCGAUUGCAGUUCCUAAAGCGCCAAAGCUCUCCAGAAAAAGUGAACACCCCCCCCGAGGAACCUCCGGAGCCAGAAGAAGAAGUCCUUACCGUCCAAGUGCCCAACAUAAGAACAACUCCUUCCAUGUUUGCUUCUACCAUUUGCGGUAUUGGAAGACUGCCAGCCGCAGAACAGCCGUCGGUAAUCUCGUCGUUCCCGGUCCCCUUUUCUGGCAUGGAGGAUCCGACUUCACGGGGGCUGUUCGCUGGCCCCAGCCCCGACGACAUUGUCCUUCGCGCCCAGGCUAAGGGUAACAAACCAAAAGGCGGUCAGCAGAAAACGCCUAAAGAGCAGAAGUUGGCACAGUCAAUGGAGACAUUGGCAGUCGAGGAGACACCAUCAGUCAAAAGCAAGAACCUGAACGUAGCGGAGGAGUUUGAGAAAAGUGGCAUGAAAAGGAUGGCCAAUUUCGUUGUUGUUGGUCAUGUUGACCAUGGAAAGAGCACACUCAUGGGCCGUCUUCUCUAUGAUCUGAAGGUUGUAGACCAGCGCUCAAUAGAUAAGUUGCGCAAGGAGGCCGAGACCAUCGGCAAGUCAUCGUUUGCGCUCGCUUGGGUCAUGGAUCAAACAAGCGAAGAGCGCAAUCGAGGAGUGACCGUCGAUAUUGCCACCAACUACUUCGAGACAGAGAAGACCAGGUUUACGAUACUGGAUGCCCCUGGACACAAAGACUUUAUACCAAAUAUGAUUGCGGGCGCGUCGCAGGCCGACUUCGCAGUCCUCGUCAUAGACGCCAGUACUAACAGCUUCGAAUCUGGCCUGCGAGGGCAAACAAAGGAGCACGCACUACUGGUGAGGAGUCUGGGAGUUCAACGUCUGGUUGUUGCUGUCAACAAGAUGGACACAGUAUCAUGGUCGCAAGAGAGAUUUGAGGAGAUCAAACAGCAGAUGUCGGCCUUCCUCACAACAGCCAACUUCGCCAAAAAGUCCAUCACAUUCGUCCCCUGCGCCGGUCUCACUGGCGAUAAUGUAACCCACAAGGUUGAAGACUCUAAUGCCAGAUGGUACACUGGCGAGACUCUCGUCGAGGCGCUGGAUGCGUCUGAGCCUGGGAAGCGCCACAUUGAGAAGCCAUUCCGACUGACGAUUAGCGACGUCUUCCGUGGCGGUAUUACCAAUCCGAUCAGUAUAUCCGGCCGCAUUGACUCUGGUUCUGUGCAAGUUGGCGAUCCCAUCCUAGCGCUGCCUGCAAACGAGAAAGCAGUCGUUAAAGUCAUCGAGGUCGAAAAUGCACCUGUAGAUUGGGCUGUGGCAGGACAGAUUGCAACACUUCACUUGGCCGACAUUGACCCCGUACAUCUACGCACAGGCGACAUCAUGUGCGAUCCAAAGGAUCCUGUGAAGCUUACCAAAUCCUUCACUUGCAAAAUCUUGGCGUUCGAACAUGUGCUGCCUGCAACCAUGGAUGUAUUUAGGGGAAGGCUACAGGCGGAAGGCAAGAUUUCCAAGCUUGUUGCUCUACUCGAUAAGACGAGUGGAGAGAUUGUGAAGAACAAGCCAAGGGUCGUGAAGCCAGGAGAGGUUGCUAGAGUGGUGGUGGAUUUGGAGAAGGAAUUGCCGCUUGAGAUAGGAAUAAGGGUGGUGUUUAGGGAGGGCGGCAAUACGGUUGCGGCAGGGUUGUUGGAGGGUUGACCGACUGGUUUUCAUGAGCUGCUGGUGGCCUAGGCUUCCUGCACCAACUGCUGGUAUUGUUCUUCGACCGCUAGUGAGCGGACGUGUUGCAACUGUACAGAAGAUAUUAUAUCAACAUACCAGUACGGG